UCGACCACCUCUCUCGCGAUCAACCAACAAUGGACUAUACAUUUGUCAUUAACGGCGACCCAAACAGCCGCAAGAGAAAAGCACCUCAAGGAGCAUGCGAAACUUGCAAAAAGCGNAAAGAAACGAUGCACACACGGCCUAGAGACUGAGAAUCACCAUCAUACUGAUCUUCGUCCUGUUUCUACGACUCCGGGUAGAAUACAAAAUCUCGAUACGCCGUCAGCUGUAUUGGACAAGUCUACUACCAUCUCCAGUGACGAGCGCCAACAUCACGCGCGGCCUUUUGACCAUCCGUCCAAUUCUAGGUUCAUUGGAGAUCUGAACCCGGAGGCCAGUCUGGUAGCCGAACAUGAUCCUGGAAGUGGAAAUCGCGAUAGACAUGAUGUUGGUAUAUGGGUGGGUGAAUCAAGAUGCCACGCAUAUGAUGUCCGACAUGAUCAUGACCAACGCAAAAGAGAGUCUACGGAUGUCAACUCUUCAGAGAGGGAAGGACUGAUCGGUGGCGAGGAGCGAGUCCCACCUUCCGCUUUGAUGAACACGCAAGACAGGGAUUCUCUCAUCGACAUAUAUUUCGGAAGACUGAAUCCGUUAUUGCCGAUAGUGGAUGAAGCCACUUUCCGAAAUUCAGAGAGGAAAUCCCAGCUCGUUAUACACGCGAUGUGUUUGGUCGCGUCUCGAGAUCAGAAAGCAAGACGCUAUCUCCGCUUCUUGGAAAGCCCUGAGCCACUUACACCGAGGAUAUUCGCGUCCAGGGUAUACGCCUGCCUACGCUGGGGGAUACAGCUGGAACGCGAGGGCGACAAAAUCAACCUUAUACAGAUUUUAGCAUUAAUGUCACUGUACUCUGAGGGCCCAGAAGGCACAGUGGACGCGUCUAUGCAUUUAUCGCAAGCAAUACACCACGGUCAGACCAUCGGACUACAUCUGGGUCGUUCUAGUGGACAUGGAGGCAGCCAGACGAGACUCUUCUGGUCUCUGUGGGUUCUGUCCAACUUCAACGCAGGCCUGAACGGAAGACCACGUCAGAUUCUGGACCUUGAUAUUGGCCUCAAGUUGGACGAAGCAUACGAGAUUUCCGCACCAGGGACACGGAUAUUGCUCGCCAUCUCGCAGCUACUCACGAGAAUCAUCGGCCUUUAUCAACCCACAGCUGCUUUGGACAUCAUGGGUAUCGAAGAAGAUUAUGAGAGUUUCGAAAACAUCUUGGACCGAUGCGGUGCUUGGGAUCUCGAACCGAACAUAUACUACCAUGGCGUGGCAAUCAUAUCUCAUCGCGCUCGCGCUACCUCUCGACCAUUGCUCCCAACACCUUCAAGCUUACGGCAGGAACUUUCAGCACUACAGAUCGUGACCAUUCUCCGUCACAUUUCUCCUAAUAAUCUGGUACCACUACCCCUUAUACCUUACGGCAUCUCACUCGCCGUAUCGACAUUCUACAACCAGCUCCGUUGUGCUCGUACCCAAACAAAACGCACAGCAGCCCGUGAACACAUAGAUAGCUGCGUGCAAGCCCUUGAACAAUUGAGCGAAUGGUCACAGCCAGCGAAAAACAUGGCAAUGCUGGGUCGCAAAGCACUGGAGCAGACGGCUCAUAUGACAGCCGCAACUGUAUCGCCAGAGCUACGUCGCACAUCUCGAGUGCACGCUGGACCUGCUGAAUGGCGGCCUGCACGACCACCUCAUCAUCAAAUGGAUCAAGCUGGUAUGCAGCAGACCAACGCUUCUGCCGCUCUUGCAGGCCAACACCCACAACCUGAUGGUGGAUUGAGUGACUUUGACAUUGCCUAUGACGGGUUGAUGGAUAUGGAUGCCGUGUUUGGCGAUUUCUUGAAUAUGAAUUUGCCGGACUUUGGAUUGCCGUUGCAGUGA